AUGGCAGGCACAAUCCCUCACAACUCGUUCGACACGAUCCUCGUGUUGGACUUUGGGUCCCAAUACACCCACCUCAUCACCCGCCGUCUGCGCGAAAUCAAUGUCUACUCCGAGAUGCUCCCCUGCACCCAGAAGCUCGCCGAUCUGGGAUGGAAGCCCAAGGGUAUCAUUCUCUCCGGCGGCCCAUACUCCGUCUAUGAGAAUGGCGCACCCCACGCCGACCCUGCCUUCUUCGAUCUCGGUGUCCCCAUCCUCGGUAUCUGCUACGGGCUGCAAGAGCUCGCCCACCGCUUGCACGCGGACAAUGUCGUUGCAGGUACUGCCAGGGAAUAUGGUCAUGCCGACCUGAAGGCUACCAGGUUUGGAGGCCACGUCGAUAAGCUGUUUGAGGACAUUGAGGGCGAUAUGACUGUUUGGAUGUCUCACGGUGACAAGCUCCGUAACCUGCCUGAGGGCUUCCACACUAUCGGCACCACAGGGAACUCGGAAUUCGCGGCUAUUGCGCACAAGUCGGAUCCGGUUUAUGGAAUUCAGUUCCAUCCUGAGGUUACUCACACGCCCCAAGGUGGACAGCUUCUGAAGAACUUCGCUGUGGGUAUUUGCGGUGCCGAGCAGAAGUGGACAAUGGCGGAAUUCAUCGGCCAGGAAAUCGCACGAAUUCGCUCCCUGGUUGGUCCUGACGGCCAGGUGCUGGGUGCUGUCAGUGGUGGUGUCGACUCGACCGUUGCCGCUAAGCUGAUGACAGAAGCCAUUGGAGAUCGAUUCCACGCCGUCCUUGUGGAUAAUGGCUGCAUGCGAUUGAACGAGUGCGAGAAGGUCCAAGAGGUUCUUCAGGCGCAACUCGGUAUCAACUUGACUGUCGUCGAUGCUGGCGAUGAAUUCCUUGCUGGUCUCAAGGGUGUUGACGACCCCGAGAAGAAGCGCAAGUUCAUUGGAGGAAAGUUCAUUGACGUCUUUGAGGACGAGGCGAAGAAAAUCGAAACCAAGAGCUCUGGAAAGGUUGAGUGGUUCCUUCAGGGUACCCUCUAUCCCGAUGUGAUCGAAAGUAUUUCCUUCAAGGGCCCCUCCCAAACCAUCAAAACUCAUCACAACGUCGGUGGUAUCGCCGAGCGCCUGAUGCGUGGCCAUGGCCUCAAGCUUAUCGAGCCCCUCCGCGAACUCUUCAAGGACGAAGUCCGUGAGCUCGGACGCCAACUCGGCAUCUCCGCAGAGCUCGUCGGCCGCCACCCCUUCCCCGGCCCCGGCAUCGCCAUCCGCGUCCUUGGUGAAGUCACCAAAGAAAAGGUCGAAAUGGCCCGCAAGGCCGACCACAUCUUCGUCACCAUGAUCCGCGAAGCUGGCAUCUACGACGAAAUCGGCCAGGCAUAUGCCGCUCUCGACCCAUCGCGCGCCGUCGGCGUCAUGGGCGACAAGCGCGUGUACGCCAACAUCAUCCUACUCCGCGCAAUCUCCACAAAGGACUUCAUGACCGCCACGCCAUACCCCUUCUCAUACGAGUUCCUGUCCAAGGUGUCGACGCGCAUCGUCAACGAGGUCUCUGGUGUGUGCCGUGUGUGCUACGAUUAUACGAGCAAGCCUCCGGGUACUAUUGAGAUGGAGUAA